UUCAUUUUUAUAAACACAUAAAGCAACUACUUUUGCCAAAGGUUUUAGCACAGCAAAAUUCCCAUCAUAUUCACCACUCUCACUGUGUCUUUCUUCUUUCUACACACAACCUUCUAUAUCUCUCUGCAAGACUUUGCAGCUCUUUCUCUCAACCAGACCUGUGUGUUCUGGCUCUGCACAAGCUUGUUUUUCUCAAUGGAGAACAGCCCACUUCAGCUUUUGCCUCAUCUCAUUGUCACACUUCUUUUGAUAACUAUUUUGCUUCCCACAACUGAAGAAGGUGGAGCAGUUUCUUCCAUCAAAACUGAUGCACAGGCUCUUCUUUAUUUCAAAAAGAUGAUUCAGAAGGAUCCAGAUGGAGUUUUGUCAGGGUGGAAGCUCAGUAGGAAUCCAUGCACCUGGUAUGGAGUUUCUUGCACUCUAGGAAGAGUUACUGGGAUUGAUAUCAGUGGGAAUAACAAUCUUGUUGGGAUUAUUUCUCUUGAUCCUCUUUCUUCUUUAGACAUGUUAUCUGUUCUGAAACUGUCUCUGAAUUCAUUUUCUGUAAAUUCCACUUCUCUGCUUCAGCUUCCAUAUAGUUUGACACAGCUUGAUCUGUCCUUUGGUGGAGUUACAGGUCCUAUCCCUGAGAAUCUUUUCUCCAGUUGUCCAAACCUGGUUGUUGUGAAUCUUUCUUACAACAACUUGACAGGUCCAAUUCCUCAAAAUUUCCUGCAAAAUUCUGAUAAGCUUCAAUCCCUUGACAUUUCUUCCAACAACUUGUCAGGCUCAAUUUCUGGUUUAAAAAUUGAGUGCAGUUCCUUGUUGCAGCUUGAUCUAUCUGGCAACCAUUUAUCAGACUCAAUUCCCAUCUCUUUGUCAAACUGCACCAGCCUUAAGAGCUUGAACUUGGCCAAUAAUUUCAUUUCUGGGGGAAUCCCAAAGGAUUUGGGUCAGCUGAACAAGCUUCAGACUUUGGAUCUUUCACACAAUCAAAUCACAGGAUGGAUCCCUUCAGAAUUUGGAAAUGCUUGUGCUUCACUUUUAGAGCUUAGGCUCUCUUUCAACAACAUAUCAGGCUCAAUCCCAACUAGCUUCUCUUCUUGCACUUGGCUUCAAGUUCUUGAGAUUGCUAACAACAACAUGUCAGGGGAAUUACCAGAGUCAAUCUUUCAUAGCCUUGGAUCAUUGCAGGAACUGAGGUUGGGAAAUAAUGCUAUCUCAGGGAAAUUUCCAUCUUCAAUAUCAUCCUGCAAGAAACUGAGGAUUGUGGACUUCAGCUCAAAUAAAAUCUAUGGAUCUAUCCCCAGAGAUUUAUGUCCAGGAGCAGGUUCCCUUGAGGAGCUUAGAAUGCCAGAUAAUCUCAUUUCAGGUGAAAUCCCAGCUGAACUUUCAAAAUGCUCUCAACUGAAGACACUUGAUUUCAGCUUAAACUACCUCAACGGUUCAAUCCCUGAUGAGCUUGGACAGCUUGAGAAUCUUGAGCAGCUAAUAGCAUGGUUCAAUGGCUUGGAAGGAAGGAUUCCACCAAAAUUGGGCCAGUGCAAGAAUCUCAAGGAUCUUAUACUGAACAACAAUCACCUCGGUGGUGGAAUUCCCAUUGAGCUUUUCAAUUGCAGCAACCUUGAAUGGAUAUCACUCACAAGCAAUGAGCUCAGUGGUGAGAUACCUCCAGAGUUUGGCCUCUUGACAAGGCUAGCAGUUCUGCAGCUUGGAAAUAAUAGUUUGAGUGGUGAAAUUCCAUCAGAGCUUGCAAAUUGUAGCAGCUUGGUGUGGUUGGAUUUGAACAGCAACAAGCUCACAGGAGAGAUCCCUCCAAGGCUUGGAAGACAGAUAGGAGCAAAAUCAUUGUUUGGAAUCCUCUCAGGGAACACUUUGGUGUUUGUGAGAAAUGUUGGAAACUCAUGUAAAGGAGUUGGAGGGUUGCUAGAAUUCUCUGGAAUUAGACCUGAAAGGCUCUUGCAGGUGCCAACAUUAAGGACUUGUGAUUUCACUAGGCUCUAUUCUGGUCCUGUGCUUAGUUUAUUCACUAAGUACCAGACUUUGGAGUAUCUUGAUCUUUCCUACAACCAGCUUCGUGGAAGAAUCCCGGAAGAGUUUGGAGACAUGGUGGCUUUGCAGGUUCUUGAAUUGUCUCACAAUCAGCUAUCUGGUGAAAUCCCUUCAUCACUAGGCCAGCUAAAAAAUUUAGGAGUGUUUGAUGCAUCGAAUAAUAGAUUUCAGGGUCAUAUCCCUGACUCAUUCUCAAACCUCUCAUUCUUAGUGCAGAUUGAUCUUUCUAACAAUGAGUUAACAGGGCAAAUUCCAUCUAGGGGACAAUUAAGCACACUUCCAGCUUCUCAGUAUGCAAAUAAUCCAGGUCUUUGUGGUGUUCCAUUGCCUGACUGCAAGAAUGAAAACACCAAUCCCACAACAGAUCCAAGUGAAGAUGCUAGUAGAAGCCAUAGAAGAUCAACAGCACCAUGGGCAAACAGCAUUGUCAUGGGGAUUCUCAUCUCUGUUGCUUCUAUAUGCAUUUUGAUUGUGUGGGCAAUUGCAGUGAAUGCAAGGAGGAGGGAGGCUGAGGAGGUGAAAAUGCUUAAUAGCUUGCAAGCAUGUCAUGCUGCAACAACAUGGAAAAUUGACAAAGAGAAAGAGCCAUUAAGCAUCAAUGUAGCAACAUUUCAAAGGCAGCUUAGGAAGCUGAAAUUUUCACAGUUGAUUGAAGCAACCAAUGGGUUCUCAGCAGAAAGCCUAAUCGGGUGCGGAGGUUUCGGUGAAGUAUUCAAGGCCACACUCAAAGAUGGUUCAUGUGUUGCUAUCAAGAAGCUCAUUAGAUUAAGCUGCCAGGGUGAUAGAGAAUUCAUGGCUGAGAUGGAAACCUUAGGGAAAAUCAAGCACAGAAACCUUGUCCCUUUGUUAGGGUACUGCAAAGUAGGGGAAGAGAGGCUCCUUGUAUAUGAAUACAUGGAGUAUGGAAGCCUAGAAGAGAUGCUUCACGGGAGAACAAAGACACGCGAUCGACGAAUCCUAACAUGGGAAGAAAGGAAAAAAAUUGCAAGAGGUGCUGCUAAAGGACUUUGUUUUCUCCACCACAAUUGCAUCCCUCACAUCAUCCACAGAGACAUGAAAUCAAGCAAUGUGCUGCUUGAUCAUGAAAUGGAGUCCAGGGUCUCUGAUUUUGGAAUGGCGAGAUUAAUAAGUGCACUUGACACACAUCUCAGUGUGAGCACAUUAGCAGGAACACCAGGCUAUGUUCCACCAGAGUACUAUCAAAGCUUCAGGUGCACUGCAAAAGGUGAUGUUUACUCAUUUGGUGUUGUGAUGUUGGAACUUCUCAGUGGGAAACGCCCUACCGAUAAAGAGGAUUUUGGUGACACUAACUUGGUGGGGUGGGCGAAGAUGAAGGUUCGCGAAGGAAAACAAAUGGAGGUGAUUGACAAUGAUAUGCUUUUGGAGACUCAAGGAUCAACAGAUGAAGCUGAAGUUAAAGAAGUGAAAGAGAUGAUACGAUAUUUGGAGGUUACUUUGCGGUGUGUUGAUGACUUGCCUUCUAGAAGGCCAAGCAUGUUGCAGGUUGUAGCCCUGCUGAGAGAGCUUAUACCUGGAUCAGAUGGAAGCAGCAACAGUGCUUGAAAUGAACCAUAUUGUUGUUCAUAAUCAUGAUGACAAGUGAUGAAGAUAUAUUUGAGGCUUGUAAGAUUUUCUCUAUAGCUGUUGUUACUGAGAUGUUGUGCCUAGUUUCUAAAUUUCUUUCUUCACUUGUUGUGUUGUGUAGUAUUUGUUAUCAGUGAUACAAUGUUACUUCAACCAAUAUUGGCAUUGGAGUAAUUACAUAUGUGAAAUCAGAAACCAAUUGAGGCUCAUUAAAUUAAGGUGA